GAAUGAAAAGGAAACAUAAUGCUUCAUUUUGCUGAAUUAUUAACCAUACAGCGGGGAGUAAAGCUGAAGCGGAACAACGUGUGACUGGUUUAACGGGCAAAUCUGCAGUGAGGAACAUCAUCAGUAAAAACAACAGCAGCAGUGUUAUCGAGGGCUGUCCGGCGAAUUUUAUUAAUGACGAUUACUCAGAAUUAAUUUCGCUGUUUACAUACAUGUUUACCUCAGAAUUGAGCGAUUUUCUUAUCGUAUUGUAAAAGGAAAGUUAAAGGGAACGAUUAGGCGAAGUGUUGACCAAUCGGGAUGUUAGCUAGCCUCUUGUUUACACUUUAAAAUGGCUGCUGGUGGUAUCUGUACAACCAUAUGAAGAUUUUCUGUAAGCGUGUACUAGUGUAUGGAUGUAUUGUGCUUAUGAUGGCGAUAGGAUGAUACCAUGUAUUUUAGUAUUGCUCGUUUUGAAGAGUUGUCACUGCAGGAGGUAACGCUGGCGAACAGGAAAUUCUUCCCUUGUUCAGAAACAAAUCAUCAAAACCAGUUUUCCAGAUGAGACGAUUUUGUUAAGGAUUUUAAUUUAAUACAGGGUUUUAAACACACACACACACGACGUACGAAUAUACACUUCAUAAGCGAAUCUUAAUAGGAUUUUCACUUGAUCAACUAUAGCACUGUUAACGGAUUCGGUUUGUUCAGGAUGAUGGAUCCCACAGCUAACUGAAACGAUCUGAAGAAUUAACUUGCAAGCAUGGAUGUUAGAAAGCCUAUCAGGACUGGAUUGCCCUCAUUCAGAAAGGCCACACUGUCAUGGUUUGGACUACAGGGAAUGAACAGAUAUGUCCUGCUUUGUGUCAUGGUUUUGGUUCUGGGCACAGAAGCCUCUCCAUCUAAGACCUGCGACAAGACCUGUCUAUCUGGGAAAUGUGUAAACGGAUCAUGUGUGUGUGACCGAGGAUGGGUUGGAGACCAGUGCCAGCACUGCAAUGGAAGAUUCAAAUUGACUGAACCAUCCGGGUACCUAACUGAUGGCCCCAUUAACUACAAGUACAAAACCAAGUGCACCUGGUUGAUCGAGGGCUACCCAAAUGCGGUUUUGAGGUUACGCUUUAAUCAUUUUGCGACCGAAUGCAGUUGGGACCACAUGUACGUCUAUGAUGGAGACUCCAUUUACGCCCCUUUAGUAGCUGUGUUCAGUGGACUCAUUGUGCCAGAGCUCCCAGGAAAUGAGACCGUACCUGAAGUGCAGACCAACUCUGGCUUUGCUCUCCUGCACUUUUUCAGCGAUGCAGCCUACAACCUGACUGGAUUCGAGAUUUUUUACUCCAUAAACUCCUGUCCGAAUAACUGCUCAGGCCACGGCAAGUGCACUACGUCGAACUCUGUAGCAAUCCGGGUGUACUGCGAGUGUGACAAGUACUGGAAGGGCGAGGCCUGCGACAUCCCGUACUGCAGGAACAACUGUGGCAGCCCUGAUCAUGGUUAUUGUGACCUUACUGGGGAAAAGCUGUGUGUGUGCAAUGACAGUUGGCAAGGUCCGGAUUGUUCCCUCACGGUGCCCUCUACGGAGUCAUACUGGGUCAUGCCUACAGUUAAGCCUUUUGGUACAUCACUAGGCAGGGCAUCCCAUAAGGCCGUAGUUCAGGAGAAGUUCAUGUGGGUUGUCGGAGGGUACACGUUCAACUAUAGUAACUUUCAGAUGAUUCUAAAUUAUAAUCUGGACACUGGUACCUGGAACACCGUGGCCAGCAGUGCCGGACCUGUGUCGAGAUACGGCCACUCUCUUGCACUCUAUCAGGAUGAGCUCUACAUGUUCGGUGGAAAGCUGGAGAUGGGCUCGGGUAACGUUACGGAUGAGCUGUGGGUGUUUAAUAUUCAGAGUAAGACCUGGUAUCGACGCCUUCCCAGCACACCCACCCACGGUCAGGUCUACGCUGUGGAGGGCCAUUCUGCACACAUAGCUGAACUAGAUACAGGAGACGUUGUGAUGGUGGUCAUCUUCGGCUACUCCUCCAUCUACAGCUACAUCAGCAACGUGCAGGAGUACAAUAUCAAAACACGCAUGUGGGUGGUACCUGAAACGAGAGGCGCCACAGUUCAGGGGGGUUACGGCCACAGCAGCGUGUACGAUAGCGGCAGCGAGAGCGUGUAUGUCCACGGAGGCUACAAGUCCCUGCCAGCUAAUAAAUACAGCCUUGUGGAUGACAUGUACCGCUAUGAGGUUCAGUCUCGCACCUGGACCAUUCUGAAGGAGAGCAGUUAUCCCCGGUAUCUUCACUCAGCUGUGCUGCUGGGAGGGACUCUGCUCAUUUUUGGUGGGAACACUCAUAACGACACGUCACUAAGCAACGGUGCCAAGUGCUUCUCUGCUGACUUUCUGGCUUAUGACAUUGCCUGUGAUGAGUGGAAAGUCCUUCCCAAACCAAACCUGCACAGAGAUGUUAAUCGCUUCGGCCACACUGCCGUCACCAGUAAUGGGUCCAUGUACGUGUUUGGUGGCUUCUCCAGCGUGCUGUUAAAUGAUGUGCUGAUCUACAGGCCGCCCAGCUGCGAGGCGUUUGUAGGGCAGGUGCGAUGUGAGGCCGCUGGUCCGGGCGUGCGCUGUGCGUGGAGACGGAACCGCUGUGUCUCCUGGGAACCCAGCUUUUCCAGCAGCACACCAGCCUCCUUCUGCCCCACCAAGCCUGCCCCGGUAGAUGAGAGAUGUCAUCGCUUUCCCGACUGCACCAGUUGCACAGCAAACACAAACCAGUGCCAGUGGUGUGAUGACAAGAAAUGCAUCUCUGCAUUCAGCAACUGCACUGCCAGUGUGAAGAACUUCACCAAGUGCUCCAUCAGAAACGAGCAGAUCUGCAGCAAGCUGGCCAACUGCAAGAGCUGCUCCCUGAACAUCAACUGCCAGUGGGAUCACCAGCAGCACGAAUGCCGUGCCCUGCCCGCCAAGUUGUGUGGAGAAGGCUGGAGCCACGUGAGCGAGGCAUGUCUGCGCAUCAACUCCAGUCGAGAGACCCAUGACAACGGCCAGCACUACUGCAAGAACCUGGGUGGUAACAUCGCCUCUUUGACUACUGCCAAGCAAGUGGACUUUGUACUGGGGGAGCUGCAGAAGUACCAGCAGCAGGAAAAGAAACUUUCCCCCUGGGUGGGCCUAAGGAAGAUUAAUGUAUCCUACUGGGGCUGGGAAGACAACUCACCCUUCACUAACACAUCACUGCAGUGGCUGCCUGAAGAACCCAAUGACUCAGGCUUCUGUGCUUACCUGGAGAAAGCACAGGUCCCAGGACUCAAGGCAAAUCCCUGCAAUGCCCUCACAGAUGGCUUUAUCUGCGAGAAAGGAAUAGAGAGUCGAAAUGCACGUCCGUGUAAGACCCCCUGCUCGCUGCAUGUCACCUGCGAGAACUGCACCAGCCAGGCCACAGAAUGCAUGUGGUGUGGCAGCACCAAGCGCUGCGUAGACUCCAACGCCUACGUCAUCUCAUUUCCCUACGGCCAGUGUCUGGAGUGGCAGACUGGGGACUGUGUGGCUCAGAACUGUUCCGGCUUUCGGACAUGUGGUCAGUGUCUGGAGCAGCCUGACUGCGGUUGGUGUGGUGACCCCAGCAACACGGGAAAAGGGCAGUGUGUGGAGGGCUCGUACCGUGGCCCGAUGAAAAACCCAUCUAAAAACAGCCACGACAUGCUGCUCGACCCCUCCAUCUGCCCUAAGGAUCAUGGCAACGAGUGGGCUUUCAUCCAGUGCCCUGCUUGCCAGUGUAACGGCCACAGCACAUGUGUAAACGGCAGCGUGUGUGAGCAAUGUCGGAACCUCACCACCGGUCCACACUGCGAAACCUGCAUGCCCGGUUAUCAUGGAGACCCCACCAAUGGAGGAAAGUGCCAAGCCUGUAAGUGUAAUGGCCAUGCCAGCGUGUGCCAAGUGCUGACGGGGAAGUGUUUCUGCACCACCAAGGGAAUUAAAGGAGACCAGUGUAACCUAUGCGAUUCAGAGAACCGUUAUCUUGGAAAUCCUCUGAGGGGAACCUGUUAUUACAAUCUGCUAAUUGACUACCAGUUUACCUUCAGUUUGCUUCAGGAAGAUGAUCACUACUACACUGCCAUCAAUUUUAUGGCAACCCCAGAACAGACCAACAAAAAUCUGGAAAUGUUAAUCAACGCAUCCAACAACUUUAAUCUCAACGUCACCUGGUCUAUCGGAUCAACAGCUGGUACCAUCUCUGGAGAGGAAGUGCCCAUUCUGUCCAAGACCAACAUUAAGGAGUACAAGGACAGCUUCUCCUGCGAGAAGUUCAGCUUCCGUACCAAUCCCAACAUCACCUUCUACGUCUAUGUCAGCAACUUUUCCUGGCCUAUUAAAAUACAGAUUGCCUUCUCUCAGCACAACAGCAUCAUGGACUUGGUGCAGUUCUUUGUGACUUUUUUCAGCUGUUUUCUCUCAUUGUUGCUGGUGGCUGCAGUGGUGUGGAAGAUCAAACAGACAUGCUGGGCUUCAAGACGACGGGAGCAAUUGAUGAGGGAAAGGCAGCAAAUGGCGAGUCGGCCGUUUGCUUCUGUUGCCAUGGCGCUAGAUGCUGAAUGUGACCAGGUGGAGCCAUUACAGGGAGGAAUUGAGGGUCCUCCAAAACCUAUUGCCUUGGAGCCAUGUUCAGGUGGCAAAGCUGCAGUGCUGACGGUGCUCCUGUGCCUCCCACGAGGGCCAUCAGAGGUGCCACCUCCAGGACAGUCAGGUAUUGCCAUUGCCAGCGCUCUGAUCGACACCUCCCAGCAGAAGCCCAUGGACUUUAAGGAAAAGAAUCAAGGUUUCAAAAACCGUAAAGCUCUGCCUACAUCCCACCAGGGCACCUGUGUGUGAGACGCACGCCCUGUUGGGCCACCAUCCUACUGGGACUCUCGCUUUCCAGAGAGAUCGGCUCAGUUUCACCAGCGCAGGCCACCGGCAACCAGAAAGAAUUCCCCCGUGAUGGGUUUCAUUAGUAGCAGAUUACUUACUCAACCUAUCACACUACACACCCUGAACUGUACCAGGGCUGUGUCUUUCAGCACCUUUAUUUCUUGCUCCUGCUCAGCCCAUACCUGCAAUUCACCACUGGCCUCUUCUGACUAAGUCUAAACUUUCAAUGGUCCACAAAUUCAAGUCUGGUAAAUCUGCAUUCUGCUGGCUGGGCCACCUGGUGAUUAGAAGCCAGUUUGCUGCUGAAUGCAGUGAAUAGAUUCUCUCCAUUUCAUUCACUGCAUGUGAGUGAAUAAAGGAAGUGUAUGAUAUAUAGAUAUACUGCUCACCUAGCGGUAGAGCUGUUAAGCUAACAAUAUAGACUUUUUAUAAUAUUGUAUACGACUGUAAAGCUCAUUUGUUUGCUUGCCAAGUAGACUGUGUGUGCUUGCUAAAGAGCAUCUUAAUUCAUAUUAAAUGCAUUUGUAGCUUGUUGGCCUUUUACCGUGACGAAAAGAACAUUCUGUCGUACAUAGGGAAAGGCUGUUAGGUUGUUUUUUUGUAUGUGUAAGCUUACUAAAAAUGUGCUGCUGGUUGUAGAGUUGGGAAAUUACAUCUGACUAAACCAUAUAUACUAGCAAAGCUUUUAUCUCUCAUCUGCCAUUCUCACAAAGCUUUUUGCAUGAAACACUAGCUUUAAAACCGUCACAAAGAGUCUUUCUCAGUGAAGGUGGGGAAUAUCCAGCCAUUCACAGGUCCUCCGCUGAUCAUAAAAACGGCCUGAUGAACUUUUUAGUAUACAAUUUUACAUUGGGACUCACUUGUGUAGUACUCUUGUUACAUAAUACUAGGGAAUACGCUACUAAAAAGCUUGCUGUUACUGAUAUUUUGUCUUUUUUGUUGUUGUUUUUCUUCUCUUGAGAACGACCCGGUACCAAGUAAAACAAGAACUGUCUAGUGGCUUUGUAGUAAAAUAUCACUUCUUUCUAACGGAUCGAUGGGCUGUUUCACAUAUUGUGAAUGAAGCAGAUGGACUAUGAUCAAGAACUUUCAUCCACUCAGGCUUUUGGUAAUAGGAACUCCUCAUGCUCCCUCCUGCUCCUGUUUCUCACUACCCCUUUAGUGCACUUUGCCCCACCAGCUAAAAGAGCUCAUCUGAUGCUGGGCGAGCACAAAUAGAUGCAUUAGCAUUACAGGACCUGAGGGAGAACACAGGACCAGAGCAGGAGAUGAUGGAGAACACAGCGGACCUUUUUUUUAUGGUAAGCGUUGCGUUCGGGACUGUGGCGAGGAAGUGUACAGUACCUUUACUUUGUCUUUGUGUACGGAUUUGAACAUGUGAAUCAAAUGUGAAUCACUUUACUUUUCACCUAGCUAUAACAAUGGGUUUGUUAAUGUUUUGUUUUAUUACUGUUUUUAAUAGCCAAUAUUAAAGGUCAUUUAUAUUGUCCAUCCUCUGUAAAAUACCCAUUAUUGUUAUGAUGAUAAAUAAUAAACCAUGUCUUUUA